AGCUUACCAUAUGUUGCUAUGGCAAUUAUUUAUGCAGUAAGAAACAAGCCAGGGUUAUGUAGUUGAAAAUUCAAAGAUUAGUGUACUAGUAGUUUUAUAUUUUUCUUGCAAAAAUUUAAGUGGGGUUUCUCGAUAAAUUAUUAAUGUAUGAGAGUUUUAAUCAAGAUUAAGAAACUCAUAAACUACAUUUCUAAAACUUGAAAUUCCAUCAUUUAAAAGAUUCUGAAGCUAUAACAAAAUGACCAAACUUAGUAAAUUGGUAUUGAAAAACUCUUCUUCAAAAACAUUUGGUAAAAUUUUAUCAAAAACAAUUCGAAAUAGCAGAUACUUUUCAAGUGUUGCAUGCGAAACUGUAACAAAAGGUCUUGUGCUGGGUGCCUAUGAAAUCAAUUCUGGAAGUCAUUUGCAAAGCUCAUUCGUGUUCACACCGACCGCCCAAACCUAUAACAAGUUGCUUGGAGGGAAACUACGUGCUGAACUGACAAAAUCGGGACCAGCGAUUAGAAAAAACGAAGUGAGAGUCCUGUAUGGUCUUGAGGAGACGUUUCCCAGUAUUGCUGUUGUAGGAUUAGGUGAGAGAGGCCUAGGAUACAAUGAACAGGAGCAAAUGGAUGAACAGAAAGAGCAGAUACGGGAGGCGGCUGCAAUUGGAUCGGUUGCUUUAAGAGAUGUGAGCAGAAUGGAGAAGAUUUUCAUCGAAAGUUUUGGACAUGCUGAGUCAGCUGCGGAAGGUAGUGUAUUGGGGCUAUGGUCUCACGUGGACUACAAGACUUACAAGCUUGGGGAAUCCUUGACGACACCCCAUGUUGAGUUGUUUGAUGACUGCGAUCUAACUGGCUGGAAAAUUGGGCUACAGAAAGCAAACGCUCAAAAUCUAGCUAGGAAGCUGUGUGAGAUGCCAGCUAACCACUUGACCCCUAGAAAGUUUGCUGAGCUAGCUGUGAAGAUUCUAAGUAACUCUGAUAUUAACUUGGAGAUGAAAACUAAACACUGGUUGCAGAUGAAGGGGAUGGAUGCGCUGCUUGCUGUUGCUAAGGGAUCAUGUGAAGAACCAUUACUACUUGAGGCAACUUAUUAUGGAUGUGAACCACAUGUAUGUCCUGUUAUCUUGAUUGGAAAAGGCGUAACGUUUGAUGCAGGUGGUCAUUGUUUGAAAACACCUGAGGGUAUGGAGCAUAUGAGAGGAGAUAUGGCUGGAGCCGCUUGUGUGAUAGCAACCUUGAAAGCUGCCGAAACCCUAAAGUUGCCCAUCAAUAUUCGAGCCCUAAUCCCUAUGUGUGAAAACAUGUUGGGUCCAAGAGGUAUGAAACCUGGAGACAUUGUCAAAGCAAUGAAUGGAAAAACAAUACAUGUCGACAGCACUGAUACAGAUGGUAGACUAGUUAUCGCUGAUAUACUAUCGUACGCUGAAACUUUCAACCCAAAAGUGAUCGUAGAUAUUGGUGGAUUUAGUAGAAGCACAAAGAACGGACUUGGCUCAGCGGCGGCUUCAGUGAUCACUAAUAACGACAAGUUAUGGGAACAGAUGAAAAUCGCUGGAGUACACACUGGGGACAGAGUAUGGAGACUGCCAUUGUGGAAGCAUUUCAUGAAAGCUGUGAAAUAUUGUUUGCCAGCUGAUCUGUGUGAAACAGCCAGUAAUUUGGGAGCAUCGUGUCGAUCGGCAGCCUUUCUACAGGAGUUUGUUUGUAGAGGAGACUGGCUGCAUAUGGACAUCUAUGGCAUCACUCAUCAGGACGAGGUUACGGUGCAGUAUUUGAAGCCAGGCAUGACUGGUAGACCAACUCGUACGUUGAUUGAGUUUUUGGCACAGUUUGCUUUCAAGACAGAUGAACAAAGAAAUCAAAAGAAUGCCACCGAAUAUAAAGAAAUAACAUGCCAAGAUAAGUCGAAUAACCCAUGCAAGUAGCACUCUUGGAAUAACUGGACUCUUACUCAGGCCUAUCAACAUGCCCCCCUUUCAGAAGAUGAUACCGGUAUCAAACUAUAGAAAAUUUCAACUCACCACCUCCAAUAACAAGGGAUAAAAAUUCAAAAUUCAACAAUUUUUGGAACCUUGAAAAUUUUCAACUAAAAGGAAGUACCUCGGCUAAAUUCUGAAGAACAUAUUUUGAUCGAAACUUUUUAGAUUAUUGAAAAACAAUCCUAUUCGAAUAUUAUUCUUGGAAAUGAUAACAUCUAAAUACACGAUUUUUGGCAAAA